AACCAUUACAGGCUUACAGCAGCCGUCUUCACACCUGGUCUCUCAAUCUCUGUCGAAACCCACCAUUUUCACCUCUUGGCCGUCUUCUUCUCCGAUUCGCCACCUCACCGACUCUCAAACCCAGAGAAAAAAUGGCCAGCAAAUCCGAGAGUAAGGAACCAGUGAACGAACAAGUGGUUGCAAAUAUGUAUGGAGCUAUGAGAUCUGAACUGAACCAAAUUUAUUCUAAGAUCACCGAGUUGGAGAUGGAAGUGAGUGAGCAUUCACUAGUUAUAAAUGCCAUUGAGCCGCUUGACCCAUCAAGGCGGUGUUACCGGAUGAUCGGAGGUGUGCUGGUGGAGAGAACCAUCAAAGAGGUUCUCCCUGCUGUGCAGCGAAACAAAGAAGGGCUUGAGGAAGUAAUUGCUCGGCUUAACGAGACCCUGGAGAAGAAGAAAAAGGAAAUUGCUGAUUUCGAGACAAAAUACAAAAUUAGGAUCAAAAAGUCCGAUGGCGACUCAAAAGAUGAAAGCGGCAAGAAGGAAGGCUCGGCUCAAGGAGUUCUUGUCGGCCCUGCCAGUUCGAGUCAGUAAGUUUUCGAUGAUCAUAUUAUGUUUUGUUCGAUUAGGGUUUUAUGUUUCAGUUUUUGCCUUGUUCCUGGAUUGAUUUUCCUUGCAAAUA